AUGAUUGACGGAGGUCAGGAGAAGGAGAGCCAGAGCGAGAGAGACGGAGAGAGAGCACCCAAUUUUUCGACUCUUCAGUUGACCCCUUUUAAGUUGACCCAAUUAUUCGCCCGCAGGUUCCGCCGCUAUCCUCAUCUUUCCGUCCCCCGCCUGCUCACUCUCCCCCUGUUCUCUCCAUUCUCUUCCCCAUGGCGACCGCAAUGUCCCCCUCCGCUGCGAGGGUGAACAACGCCUGCGGCGGCCGGGGUGCCCCCUUGGUGGCGCCGCUUCCUGCUUCCUCCCUCCUCGUCGCGUCCUCGAGGAGGGCCGCCUCGUUGUCCUCCUCCACCGGUUACUCGUCCUGCCUUCGCAUGCGGACCGUCCCGCUGGUCCUCUCGGCCUCCGGUCGAGUUCAGAAGAGGGUGGUUUGCGUCAAAUCCACGGCAGAGGUCAGUGCGAGUGCCCCGCCGUUCCCAACCUCUCUCUAUCCAUGUGCUCGUCUCCUGGGUUAUGCCUGCUACGUAGGAACAUCCAUUUUUUUUUAAUUGUCUCAUUGUGUGAGUGAGGAAUUGAGAAGGAAAAAUCUAGAAUAGUCGGGGAAACCGGUGAGCCUAGAGCAUUUGCAUUGCAGAGAAGUGCACUUGAAUGGAGGUCCGUGCUCCUUCCUCAGCUCCAUCUUCCCAGGAAAAAUUGUACGUCAAGAAGAUUCAAACUUGUUUAUAAAUUGACACCCCAAGGAGCUAAUUAGAGAGACACGGGGAACGCAGUAGCUAUGCUCUAUCUUCCUCUCUGCAGUCGACCCAUCUAGAGCUGGGUUCAUUUUCCUCGCUGAGAUCGCCGUAUUAUUCCUCUUCUGCGUUUUUUCUUUUUUUUCUUGGAUGAAAUCGAAGAGGGCUAGACUAGCUGGAGAAUGCUGCUGCAUUAUAAUCUCGAGUAUGAGUCAAAUUAAAAGGGAAUGGUAGAAAAGGGCGCAAGAGAUUUAUCCUUUUCCGCGCGUUGGUGGCCUCCAAAGUGUGAGAAGCAUGAGAGGUGAUGAAGAAGUGUCUUCCAACGCUCUGAGGAGAUGAUCUCUAUCGAAUUCCGAUUCCUACAGAGGGACUUCGACCUGUUCUCACUCGUAUAGAGAAAAAAACAUUUUUCCCGGCCUUCGAACUUCCUCUUCAAUAUUUCAUGCCCUCCUUUGAUCGUGGGAAGAUUGAUUUAGUUAUCUUUUGUCGGAUAUACAGAACUGGCAUAAGAUAGUUUUUCUUAUUCUUAUUCCGCUCGUCUUGCUGUUCUGCAUGAUAAUCUUGUGGGAUUGUGUGGCCAAUCGUAGCUCUCUUCUACAACCACCCAAAGAUCAUCCUUCUGGUACCAUCUUCAAGUAUACGUUUACUGGGGAUUCCAGUAGCAUCGUGAACUUUCUUCAGAAUUUUAGUUUCCCUGGCGGUCUAUGAAUCUAUUCUAUCCGUCAUUCCCUUUGUCUUAGGACAGGACAGGGUUGGCAUUCUGGGGGUAUUUUGUUGCCUAGAGAGGCAAACUUUCUUCCUUCGAGACUGAACUCUGGUGGAUUGCUGAGGAAGUGUAUGUGCUGCUGAUCUCCAGCAAAUAUCAAUACUUUCUUGUGGCACUAGUUUUUCAAAUACAAUCGAUAUUCCUGCCAGACAAAAUUCACGUUAGGCAGAUGUGGUGCUAGUUUUUUUAGUACAGUGGCAUGUUGUGUGAUGUUUUUUUUUCUUUUCUAUCUGGGCUUGGUCAAUUGCAUGUACUUGAUCUGGAUUUGGCAAAGUGAUCAUCAUGCUUUCCGCUCACUAAAAAGAAGAAAAAAGAUUCACCGGAUAUGCCUACUCAUUUACCAGAUAAAAGCUGUAUUUUUUAGACUAAUUUUCUCAGUUAUUUUGAUUUUUGGUUGACGACACACGUUUGCUGAUGAAGAAAAAAACUAUUGCCCCUCUUGUAAUUUCUUGGUUGAGAUCAGAUUUUAUCUUUCUCAAACCGAUUAGAUGGAUCAAAGGCAUGAAAAAGUGCCUCUGCUUUUCUAGGACUCAGAACUUCAGGCGAGGGUGACGAACAAGUGCUUCUUCGACAUAGAGAUUGGGGGCGAAUCAGCUGGGAGAAUCGUGAUCGGCCUUUUUGGGGAUGUUGUUCCCAUUACUGUUGAGAAUUUCCGGGCCUUAUGCACAGGUGAGCGGUUCUCAGUUGUACGAUUAUUGUUCAUAUUUAAAUCUUUUUCGCAACAGAACUUCACCCUUUAUCUGCGAUCCUUCAUUGAUUUCAGUGAUGAUAUAUUUUACAGGUGAGAAGGGGUUUGGUUACAAAGGUUCUUCCUUUCACCGCAUAAUAAAAGAUUUCAUGAUCCAGGGCGGAGACUUCGACCGAGGAAAUGUGGGCCUUUGACCUCGCUUCUUUCUACUAACUCUUAGCUGUCUAGCUUUCUGAUUUUGUCUCUUCCUGCUAGAUAGUGGGAAAUAGGUUUGACGACCCAUGCAUCUGUGGGUAGACUCGUCUUAUUCCCACUCUACAUGGCAUAAUCGAGUUCAUCAUCCUUUCGUCCUAAGUUUCUUAGAUGCAGAUUCGUUGGUUGAGAUAUGACAAUAUGUUGAACCCUGGUGUGUCAGUCAGUUGAGCAGAGAUAUCCCAAAAAGCCCAGGCUUCUUGUGUUGAUGGGCCAAUUCUGGAUUUCAGUAGGGGCGGUCUAGCUCAUCCCCAUGGUCAUCUUCAAGAGCAGGCUAUCUCAGCUCCCUCUCUCCCUCUCUCUCUCUCUCUCUCUCUCUGAUGAUGAUGAUGAUGAUGAUGCCUGCACAUGAAGGGGAGGGGAGGGGAGGGGAGGGCCGGGUCCAGCCUUCAUAUGGCCCCGUCCGAAGGCCAUUUUCCAAUGAGACUGAAUAGAACUUUUUCUUCAGAAAUUUAUUUUUCAUGGGUCAGCGGGCCAGAUAAUUAUUCUCACUCUAGACUCGCCUGGCCUUGUUAUUAUUUCUUAUUGCUUUCCUAAUGCCGACGACUGAUCUUCUUCAAGUAUUCUCCCCCCCUUCCUCUCUUUUCUGUCGCAGGGAACAGGCGGGAGGAGUAUCUACGGUUCCAGUUUCGAAGAUGAAAGUUUCGCCUGUGAGUCACCAAGGCCCUGAAUCCUCGCAAUGCCUUCGGCUUUGAAUUGGCUGACCAAAACGGCGGUUUUGACUUCCAUGGCGCCGUCCCUUCUCAGUGAUGCAUGUCGGACCUGGAGUGCUGAGCAUGGCCAAUGCGGGCCCAGACACGAACGGCAGCCAAUUCUUCAUAUGCACCACAAAGGUGAUGGCUUUUUUGGCUUCCUCUCCCCGCAAGCUAACUGAUCCACCGGCGGGGAUUUCUACGUUCCUCGGUCUAUAUAACUACACCUACCCUGUUGAUUUCAUGUGCCCCCAGGAAUUCAGGAAGCUUGUGGCGAGUUGGAACCAGUCAACCCUUUGAGUUCCUGAGCUAAUAAUGAUACCCACCCUGUUAUCUAUUUCUCUGAACCCAUGAUUGGUUCGAUUGCAUGCUCAUCCCUGGACCACCGUGUUAGAAGUAUUUAGUGAAGCACACCGCAAUUCUGCUCAAUCCGGUGCCUAAUCUGUUCGGUUCGUUCAUCCUGGCAGACUCCAUGGCUGGACAAGCGCCACGUUGUGUUCGGGCACGUUGUGGAGGGGAUGGACGUCGUGAGGCGGCUGGAAUCGCAGGACACCAGCCGAUCGGAUUGCCCACGGCAGCCCUGCAGGAUCGUCAACUGCGGCGAGUUGCUGAUCGAUGGUUGA